AUCUAAACUUGAAACUUCCUCACCCUCACGAUUUUUUUUACAAUGCGAGCUUGCGGAAAAUACCUGAAAAAUUCCGCGAAGCGAAAAUGUUUAUAUAGCAUUACUCAGUCAGAUUCAUCUAGCAUCUAGUCAGUAUCAAUCGAGUGCCAGUGUGUGAUUGUGCGCGCGAGAUUUAAAAAAAAUGGCAAAUUUAGCGGUUUUCGAUUUUGAUCGUACAAUAGUUGAUGAGGACUCAGAUGCUACUAUUAUCAAUAGAUUGAGAGAAAAGAAACCUCCACCUGAAUGGGAAUCUGGCAACUGUGACUGGACUCCGUAUAUGAGCGAUGUAUUCGAACACGCGUACUCCGCGGGUUUCCAUCCCAAUGACAUACUAGACAGCAUAGCGUCCAUGCCCCCCACGCGGGGCAUGCCCCAGCUUAUCAGAACAUUAGCGGAUAGAGGCUGGGACGUAGUGUUGUUAACAGAUGCUAAUACAGUGUUCGUGGGACACUGGCUCAAGACGCAUGGGUUGGAGGACGCGGUCAAGACCGUGAUCACGAACCGCGCGUUCUGGCAGCACGGGCGCUUGUACAUCGAGCCGUGUAUGCGCCAGAACACGUGUCGUUCUUGCCCUUCCAACUUGUGCAAGUCACGUGCGCUUGCGCAGUGGUGUGCGGGGAAACAGUAUAAUAGGGUCGUCUAUGCUGGGGACGGGCGGAAUGACUUUUGUCCAGCUAGCAGUCUGUCGGAAGAUGCAAUAGUGUUCCCGCGCAAGGGUUACCCGCUCGAUGACCUAAUCAGGAAGACGCGGGCAACACCAGAUCCAAAAGUGAAAGCAAGAGUGGUCCCGUGGGUCGAUGCGUUCACAAUAUUGUCAGAAUUAUUCCCCACUAGCUAAAUUAUAGAUUAAAUAUACGUUUUAUAUGUU